CUCCCGGACUUCCUCACCCCGCCGCAGUCCCCCGCUGGCUUCUCCUUCUCCUGCCCCCGGCAGCUCAAGGUGCCCCCCUACUUGGGCUACCGCUUCCUGGGGGAAAGGGACUGCGGGGCCCCCUGUGAGCCAGCCCGGCCCAACGGGCUGAUGUACUUCAAGGAGGCGGAGGUGCGGUUUGCCCGGCUGUGGGUGGGCGUAUGGUCUGUGCUCUGCUGCGCCUCUACCCUCUUCACCGUGCUCACCUACUUGGUGGACAUGCGUCGUUUCAGCUACCCAGAGCGGCCCAUCAUCUUCCUCUCAGGCUGCUACUUCAUGGUGGCAGUGGCCUAUGCGGCAGGCUUCUUGCUGGAGGAGCGUGUGGUAUGCCUGGAGCGCUUCUCUGAGGAUGGCUACCGCACUGUGGCCCAGGGCACAAAGAAAGAAGGUUGCACCAUCCUCUUCAUGAUCCUCUACUUCUUUGGUAUGGCCAGCUCCAUCUGGUGGGUCAUCCUGUCCCUCACUUGGUUCUUGGCUGCUGGCAUGAAGUGGGGCCAUGAAGCCAUUGAGGCCAACUCCCAGUACUUCCACCUUGCUGCUUGGGCUGUGCCUGCUGUCAAAACAAUCACUAUCUUGGCCAUGGGGCAGGUGGAUGGGGACGUGCUCAGUGGGGUGUGUUACGUAGGUAUCUACAGCGUGGACUCCCUGCGAGGCUUUGUCCUGGCACCUUUGUUUGUGUACCUGUUCAUCGGCACUUCCUUCUUGCUUGCUGGCUUUGUGUCCCUGUUCCGCAUCCGAACCAUCAUGAAGCAUGACGGCACCAAGACAGAGAAACUGGAGAAGCUGAUGGUGCGCAUUGGUGUCUUCAGUGUCCUGUACACAGUGCCUGCCACCAUUGUCCUGGCGUGCUAUUUCUAUGAGCAGGCUUUCCGUGGCACCUGGGAGAAGACGUGGCUCCUCCAGACCUGCAAAUCCUAUGCUGUGCCCUGUCCCAGCCACUUUGCCCCUAUGAGCCCUGACUUCACUGUCUUCAUGAUCAAGUACCUCAUGACCAUGAUUGUUGGUAUCACAACUGGCUUCUGGAUCUGGUCUGGCAAAACCCUUCAGUCCUGGCGACGCUUCUACCACAGACUCAGCACUGGCAGCAAGGGAGAGACAGCAGUAUGAGACCCUCCUGCCCCCUCUGCAUGCACACACACAUACACACACACACACACACAGAAGAGGGAUACUCAGCAGAAGGGAGGUGAUGGCUCCCCAAAGGAGGAGGAAAGGGAGGCUUUCUAAAACUUUUGCUUCCUCCCAGGGGGAAAAAGAAUCUUUGCAUAAAGGACCAGAUGCCCUGUGUCCAAGGGUGCUUAUGCCCAGCUAAUUGGAAGAGCACAGAAAAGGGUUCUCAGGCCACUGGUGGGGUGGGAGAGUCCUUUACCUGCAAGAAGUUCCCAUUACCUCUUCCCUAUGCGGGGGGUGGGGGGGGCCUCAAAACGUCCUGCCUUGCUUUGGAUGAGACAGGAGAGAGGGAAAGCCACAUCCAUUGAGCAGCCCCUGCCAAGAAGUAGCCAAACUAUCUCUGAAUUCCUGAGGUCAAAUUGCAGCUCUCGCAGGGUAACUUCAGAGCCCUAGGUUACUGUCUGCUCAUUGAACCACAGUGGAGCAAUCACGUGAGUACUGUACAACAAGCUGCCAGUCCAGAUCCUGUGCUGUUGAGAUGCCUCUACUCUGUCAGCUUAGGAGUUUUUUUUUUCCCCUCAGUGAUACCUGUUUUCAUUAUUUUAAAGUGAAAAGUCUGCCUUGAGUGUGUUAUUCUUGCUGCUGUGGAGGAAGGAGGGGGUUGCUAUUCCACACCCUGAAAAGAAAUGACUUGUUGCUUUUCAGCAGAAGGCUUUUCCCCCUUGCCUUUGUUAUAGGAGACAAAGGGGGAAACAAAAGUGUUUUCUAUGUAGAAAGGCAUAAGCAUGGGAUCGCUUUUUAUGGGCAAACUAACAAAAAGAAGUCGUUGAGGUUCACCCUUGGAUGUGAGGAGCUCACAGAAAUAAACAUUCCUUUUAUGAAAAAGGAGGAGGCAGGAUGUUUUCGUACUGUUCGGUAUGGGUUGCUUUUCUAAGCUGGAGGAAAUGCAAA